AUGGCUGCCCUCCAACUCCCUAGUCGACUCAAGCAGUCUUUGGAAGACACAAAAGUGCAGUAUCGUCAACUUGGAAAAUCCGGACUUCGUGUUUCCGUGCCCAUUCUUGGCUGCAUGGGUUUUGGUGAUCCUCAGGCUGUUCCCUGGGCGCUGGGGAAGGAAAAGGCGCUGCCACUGCUCAAGGCAGCCUAUGACAGGGGCCUCAAUACCUGGGAUACAGCCAACUCGUACUCCAACGGAAUCUCUGAGGUGAUCAUUGGUGAAGCAAUCAAGCACUAUGAUAUCCCCCGCGAGAAGCUGGUUAUUCUCACGAAAUGCAACUUUGCCGUCGGAGAAACCCCAGAGGAGCAACAAUUUGCCUUCUACUCAGAGUUUAGUAGAUCAAAGGACUACCAAAACCAGUUCGGUCUCUCGCGCACUGCAAUCUUCAACCAGGUCGAAGCCUCCUUGAAGCGACUUGGAACUACGUAUAUUGAUUUAUUGCAAAUCCAUAGAUUCGACAGCUCGGUCCCCAUGGAGGAGACCUUGAAAGCUCUCCACGACCUUGUGCAAUCAGGUAAGGUCCGUUACAUCGGCGCGAGCAGCAUGUGGGCAACCCAGUUCGCCCAGCUUCAGUUUUGCGCUGAGAAGAACGGCUGGACUACAUUCGUCAGCAUGCAAGACCAGUACAAUCUCCUUUAUCGCGAGGAGGAGCGCGAGAUGAUUCGGUUUUGCAACGAAACCGGCGUGGGGCUCAUUCCUUGGGCUCCUUUGUGCCGUGGACACCUCGCUCGGCCCCCUUCGAAAACGACGGCGAGAGCCUCUGCCGAGUCUGAUCUCAUUAGCGGAGGACAUGGUACGUCCGAAGUUGACCUCAAGAUUAUCGGUCGGGUGGCAGAGCUCGCCGAGAAACAUGAAUGGCCGAUGGCCCACGUGGCACUUGCCUGGAUCAACAAGAGGGUUACGAGCCCCAUUAUUGGGUGCAGCAGCGUGUCAAGGCUUGACGAGGCGGUUGGAGGUGGCGGUAAAACCCUGACGGAUGAAGAAGAGCGGUACCUUGAGGAGCUAUAUCAGCCGAGACCUGUCUGGGGCCAUAUUUGA